GCGAGAAUGGAGCUCGCUUUGGUGUAGCCGCGUCGGGGGUUUGGCUCCUAGGUCUGUGGUUGUAUGCAAUUUUGACUUGUCCCAGGGGAAGUGACUGUUAGUCUCCGUGGUCAAACUACCACCGGCUCCGUUGAGCUGCUUGGAGACGGAUCCCUGAUGGUUUAGUUGCGUGGCUGGGACAGGAUUGUUCUUCGUUUGGAGGUGUUAUUUAUGGUGUUAGUUCAGCGAAUGAUGUGGUCUGAAAUGCCCCGCUCCAACCGGUGAUUGGAGCGGAUGGAGGGCUCUUGCUGUUACUGUUAUUGCAUGGACUGAUUCUUUGGACUGGUGCAUGCUUUGUUUGAUUUCAAGUCUGUUGUUCCCGGGUCUUGAGUCGGUGCAUUAGUGCCUAUUGCUCUCCUCAUAUGUCCACUGGGGCGGGUUGGAUUUGGAGAAUACGCAACAUUGCUCUGAGGUUCGGAUGUAACAAACAACUGAUAGCACCUUCUUAUGACUGAUCUUGUUCCCUGGGAACGUGUCUCAACAGUUGCUUCUUCAAUGGAGGGAUUGGUUGCCACCAUCUUAAUAGAAUGCACCCGAGUGAACAUAUAAUCAGUGUCUCUUGCUGUGCUGAAUUUUGGGAAUCUUAGUACAAAGAUCUGUUUAGCCCAACCUUGAUCAGCAGAGUUCCUUGCUGGACUGAAAACAAUUCUUUCGGUUGUUGAAUUGAGGAGCCUGAAAAUGGAUGAUAGUGGGCAUCGGGAAAAUGGAAGACAUAAACCAGAUCAGUAUAAGCCUUCGCAGGGUCAGUGGUUGAUGCAGCCUCAGCCAUCAAUGAAGCAAAUAAUGGGCCUGAUGGCUGAGAGAGAUGCAGCCAUACAAGAAAGAAACUUAGCACUCUCUGAGAAGAAAGCAGCAAUUGCAGAGCGAGACAUCGCAUACCAUCAGAGGGAUAUUGCGAUUGCUGAAAGGAACAAUGCGAUAUUGGAACGGGACAAUGCGAUCGCAACUCUCCAGUACCGUGAGAACCCCUUAUCAAGUGGUGGCAACCCCAUGCCCACCUCGUGCCCACCGGGGUGCCAAAUCUCUCGUGGCGUGAAGCACAUGCACCAUCCGCAGCAGCAGCAGCAGCAGCAGCAGGUGCAUCACCACAAUCACAUAUCUCAUCAUAUGGCUGAGAACCCUUAUGGGACCCACCCGAGCGAUUCCCUCCCAACAAUGUCCCCAGUUACGUCUGAGGGUGCAAAGCCUCGGCAGGGUAAUAAGCGUUCGAGAGAGCCCAAGGCAAUGCCCACAACCCCAAAGAAGGCCUCAAGGCCCUCGUCCAAGAAGGUGAAAAGAGAGAAUGAGGAUCUGAAUAAGAUGAUGAAUGGAGGUGGUGACAUGUCAAAAUCUGAUUGGAAGGCCCAGGACCUGGGGCUGAAUCAGGUUGCAUUCGAUGAGACCACAAUGCCCCCACCUGUCUGCUCAUGUACUGGAGUUCCAAGGCAGUGCUAUAAGUGGGGGAGCGGAGGGUGGCAAUCUUCCUGCUGCACCACCACAAUGUCUAUGUACCCGCUGCCAGCUGUGCCAAACAAGAGGCAUGCACGGGUAGGAGGACGGAAGAUGAGCGGUGGGGCUUUUGGCAAGCUUCUCAGCCGUCUCGCAGCUGAGGGCCAUGACCUCUCGAGCCCGGUGGACCUCAAGGACCAUUGGGCCAAGCAUGGGACCAAUCGGUACAUCACGAUCAAGUGAGGUGGAAGGAAGAACCAGAAGAAUCUUGACUUUGUGAGGAGGAAGAAAAAAACACGAGCAAGGGGACAAGGGAAGAUCGGGAAAUGAGAACAGGUGCAGUUGCUAAACGUUCUUAAGAUGUAGCCUCAGAGGUUAGUUAAACCGUAGUAGGUUAAUGACGGGCAGUUGGGCUAGGGGAUGGAAAGCAGUUAUACGGGAAGGGGCUGUUUUGACCUGCUUUUCCGGGAUAGGAAUCAGGGUAAGUUGUCGUUGACGGCAACGGUCACUAGUUGGUCGGUUCAGUUGGGAAUUGCUGUCUAAUUGUUGUAAUUGUAAAGGGGUUAUGAGGUAUGGUUCCUGUUGUAUUUUGUAAUGAGUAGCCGUGUUGAUCUAAUCACGGAAUGUCACAGCUUCCCUUCCUAUGCUAA